AUGGAGACUUUUCCGCUAGUACUGCUCAUCUUAGCCGGUUGCCAUGUUAUAACAGGAGUUCAGGGUGGCAUUGAAAAGCGAAGUGAAAUACAAUUUCCAGAUGGAGUCGAAGAGAGUGACAUUCCAGAAUCCUGUAGAAAUCUUACCUACUGCACGAAGAGACGAAAAAAUUAUCCAGCUAAAAAAUUUAACGCAUUGUUCAAGAAUUACAAAGCUAUAACACAGCCAAAAUUAAUUAUGACAAUCGAUGUAAAUAAUAGGCAGGGCGAGUUCCAUGAUGACUGCGAAACGGAGGUGUCUUUCGACCCUCUAUACACGGUGAGGGAAAAGCGUACAAACAUCUGGCGAGACGUAGUUCAGGUACCUGAAAAGGAUUAUAUUCAGCGUGUUCGCUUAGAAACGUGCAAAAGCGAACAAGCUUCCUGUUUCAAACCAAUUGUUGAGUAUCAGGACUCGUUCAAGACGUUCUGUCAACAGAAGUACAACACCUGGGAAAUGUUGGUGGAUAGUAAAUCGGGUGGUAGCGAGCCAGAAAAAAUUGAGGCAGUAUUACCUGUUUGUUGUACGUGCAAUUACAAACCUGUAUAA